AUGGACGGUAGAGUGAAGGACCUUCUUAGAAAAUCAUGCAGUGCGGGAGCCCCAUGGGAGGUCGCCGUGCAAGUCGUUUCUUCGCUUUUUCAAUCUAAAAACGGCAGUCACCACGACGUGUGUCUCAUUUACGCGGUGGUGGGGGAAUGCAUGCGCCUUUGUAUUAUGCACCAAAAAACAGCGGAUGCUCUUCGUAUAUACGAGUUAUUUAGCCGCUCUGGAUACGUGCUAGGCCAGAGCCGUCACGCUCGGCUGCGUUCUCUCCCCGUGCUAUUGAGUGUCGAGUCAUUACGGGGGCUGUCUGCUGAUGAGCUUGCUUUGGUGGCACUGCGCCAACACCCGCAUCGCGUCCAUCAAAGCAGAAUUGUGGCACAAAUGAUAGCGGCUGAGGAUGCAGACCCGGACGAUGUGCGCAACACACCGGUGAUGACAGAGAGGCCUCUGGCGUCAAAAGCACCACCCUUUCGCGAUGGUGUACAGACUUUUGUCAACAUGGACGGAGGGUUCGCGGAGACAUUUAACGUCCCGUUUUUGGGGGUGACUGAGGUGACGGAGGCCGAGCAGUUUCGUAUUCUUCUUCAACAGAACAUGCAACUCCUGCGCGAGACCCGGUACUUUCAGCAAAGGCUGGGGCUCCAUUAUCUUCUUUCGCAGAUGCGCCACGUCGUAGACAACAAGCGCCUUUCUUCAGAGGUAGAAAUGGUCCCACUUGUGCAUGUCGGUCGCGCGGUAUUGGAACACCCUUUUAUUUUUGCAAAGCCAUCUACCGAAACCGCACGUCAGCAACUUCUUUUCGAGGAGUUUGGUAGCCUGCCAGUCCACAAGGGCCUGAGCGAGGUACAGCAGGCGAAAUUGAUGGCACUUGAGACCACUGUGGAGCCUCUCAGGCCGUUAUGUAGGGAACCGUUGAAGUUUAUGGACUCAUUAGCCUCUUCGUGGGAUGCCUUGUUUGUGCGGCGGGCUGCCCUCACUUUGGUAUUGCCAAGGGAGGCUCAUGAUGUUCUCCCGCGCAGUAGGACCAGGGGUCGUGGUGGUGGCAGUAUUAAUGUUAGUGGUGGUGGCGGGGAUUGCGGGAGGGGCGAGCGACAUUUGGAAAACAGCUUAACCGCAUCAACGUGGACGGAUGCAUCUAGUGAGCUUUUUGGUGGCGUAGAGGUCCGUGAUGCGGCGUCACGUGUGGAGCUACUUAUCACCCGCCGGCUUCACCAUAACAUUGUUGUCCCUGACACAACGUUUCUCCUUCAAAACACGAAUCAGCUAUUACAGCUCGCAAGACAUCGGGAGGUGGUGAUUCCCCACUCCGUCUUUUUGGAUUUGGUGAAUUCUGCGUCGGAUGAUCAGGGCCGACGUCGUUUUCACUCUCGCCGUGUAUUGCUCUUGUUGAUGCAUGCAACAACAACCAAGAAAACGGUAAGGGACACUCAUGGCUCACUGGAUUCAUACUCUGUACACAUGAAGCGAAGUCAAGGUGGUGUUACACUUUUAGGACUUCAAGAUGAAGUGGUUCUUCUUGAGAAUAGUCACGAGAGGUUUUUUCUGGCCGAUGCACUUGCCGGACAGGAGCAGGAGGGGCCCAGCAUCGGCAGAUCCAGCCUCGCCAGUGUACUGGUAGCAAAGCAGUUGGGGAAGAUGGUGUCUUCAACGCCCGGUUACGUGACGUGUAGGGAUGCUUCAACAAAUGCAAGCGAAGUCGACCAUCUUGUGGCGGGUGUCAUUGCGUCCAUGAAGGAUGAGAGUGAAACACAGGGUGAUCAUGGGGCCCUGGUCUGCAUUCGUGGAAAGCCAGCGCCUUUGUUCAAAUCUCGUUCUCGUUCGUUCUGGGCCCGUACGCCUGUGGUGCUUGCAACCACAAGUGACGUUACCCGAAGGGUCGCUUUUAUGGUUGGUCUUCCGAUGUUUCCCCCGGUGAGUGCUGUUUAG